AAGCACCGAGUUUCCUUCCUUACUAAGCUCUGUCUCGUGGGACGGUUUAUUCUCAUACAGCAACCUCACAGUUCCCAGCCCUUAACUCAUCCAAAAAGGAACCCAACUGAAAGGCUGAAUCUUUAGAGCUUUUUUCUUUUCAAGAAACAAAAACCAAAAAUUAAAAAAAAAAAUGCGAGCUUGGUUCUCAGGCGGCAGUAGUGGGAAUGAGGAGGAGCGGGGAAAAGAAGGGUCAUCUCUUUUAUCAGAUUGGAACUCAUAUGCUGCUUCAAAAGAAGCAGAAGAGGGAACUACAACUGUGUUUGGGUUUGAUCUUGAGUCUGCUGCGAGGUCCGCCAAUGAUACUGUCACUGGUACCUUCAAUGUUGUUUCAAAAGGGGUGAGAGAUCUCCCUGGGAAUCUCCAAUCUGCCACAAGUAGUGUCCCUUCAGGAAAAGCAUUCAUCUACUUUGGUUUAUUUCUGGCAGCUGGGGUCUUUUUUGUUUUUAUUGCUUUUACCAUGUUUCUUCCAGUCAUGGUGCUCAUGCCCCAAAAAUUUGCAAUUUGCUUUACCCUUGGAUGUGGCUUUAUCAUUGGAUCAUUCUUUGCUCUCAGAGGCCCAAAGAAUCAGUUGGCCCACAUGUCAUCGAAAGAGAGGCUUCCUUUUACAAUAGGAUUUAUUGGAAGUAUGGUGGGCACCAUGUAUGUUUCCAUGGUGCUUCAUAGCUACAUUCUUUCUGUGCUUUUUUCUGUUGUUCAGGUCCUUGCACUUGCAUACUAUGCUGUUUCUUACUUCCCUGGUGGGUCUGCUGGGCUCAAAUUUCUCACCUCUGCUCUUACCUCUUCAGUGUUGAGAUGUUUUGGGAGGUGACCUGGUUUACUUUGACUUUGUUUUUUCCUUGUAUACAUCUCUGAUAGUUGCGACUUUAAUGGUCUUAGGUACAUAGCUUUAUUGCUUCCAUGUUCACAUUAUUGUUGUUACCGGUAUUUUCCUGAAAGAAAAAGUUCGAAGAGUGUACCUUUAGAUGUGUCUAAUUUUUUUGGAACGAGUUAACACCAAAUUUCAAUCUAAUAACAACACGACUCAUUGUUUUGAUUCCUGUC